CUCGGGGCAGUCCCAGGGUGGGAGGAUGGCUCUCCUCUCCCCAGGGAAAGAAAGGCCCUCCUACCUGUCCUUCCUCUCUGCUACCUUUCCCUCUAUUCCAGUCCUUGCCCAUCCCCAUCUCUCUCCUUCCUUCCCUUAUUCCCCCUUCUCAGAUUUCCUUAAUGCUCUUCAGUCAUUCAUUAGUCUUUUCCACCCUCAAAAUCAUCUCCACUGUCGUUUUACCUAAACUGAAUUCUUUCUCAUCCUAUUUCUAAUACUUUGUUCCCUUCUCCUCUCUGCCCCUUCCCCAUGUCACCCCCCUGCCUUUUGUGGAAGCCCUUUUCCUGUCUCUUUUCCUCUCAGCCUAACUCCUACCUGAUGGUAACCUGUUUUCUUGCAGACUCACUCUGUGGAGACACCUUAUGGCUCUGUCACUUUUACUGUCUAUGGUACCCCCAAACCUAAACGCCCAGCGAUACUCACCUACCAUGAUGUGGGACUCAACUCCGCUGUUUCAAUUCGGGGACAUGCAGGAAAUCAUUCAGAACUUCGUGCGGGUUCACGUGGAUGCCCCUGGGAUGGAAGAGGGGGCUCCUGUGUUCCCUGUGGGAUAUCAGUACCCAUCUCUGGACCAGCUUGCGGACACGAUCCCUUGCAUCCUGCAGUACUUAAAUUUCUCCACAAUAAUUGGAGUUGGUGUUGGAGCUGGAGCCUACAUCUUGUCAAGAUACGCUCUUAAUCACCAGGAUACAGUCGAGGGACUUGUCCUCAUCAACAUUGAUCCCAAUGCCAAGGGUUGGAUGGACUGGGCAGCACACAAGCUAACAGGCCUCACCUCUUCCAUUUCGGAGAUGAUACUUGGACAUCUUUUCAGCCAGGAAGAGCUAUCUGGAAAUUCUGAGUUGAUACAAAAGUAUAGAAAUAUCAUUUCACAUGCACCCAACCUGGAGAACAUUGAACUGUACUGGAACAGCUACAACAACCGCCGAGACCUGAACUUUGAGCGUGGAGGUGAUAUCACCCUCAAGUGCCCCGUGAUGCUGGUGGUAGGAGAUCAAGCACCCCAUGAAGAUGCAGUGGUGGAAUGUAAUUCAAAGCUGGACCCCACUCAGACUUCUUUCCUCAAGAUGGCCGACUCCGGAGGUCAGCCCCAGCUUACUCAGCCAGGCAAGCUGACUGAGGCCUUCAAGUACUUCCUGCAAGGCAUGGGCUACAUGGCCUCAUCUUGCAUGACUCGCCUGUCCCGGUCUCGCACAGCCUCCCUGACCAGUGCGGCAUCCAUUGAUGGCGGUCGGUCCCGUGCUCGAACCCUGUCCCAGAGCAGCGAGUCUGGGACUCUCCCCUCAGGGCCCCCAGGGCACACCAUGGAGGUCUCCUGUUGAAUGACCCAUGUUGCCCUGGUGUGGGACCCAGCCAGCACCUCCCCUAGCACUAACCUAGGAGAUGCAUAGAACACUGGGCCAGAGUGAGCAAGGGAAGAUGGGCAGAUCCUGUGGGGAGAUGAUCUUGAUCUUUGAUUGCUACCCUAACCUUGACCUCUAACCUGUGAUACCCCUCAGCUCCUGGGAGAGCUUCCUAAUAUCUCUUAGGGACCCAGACCCCUAAAUGAUCCCUCUCCCUCAAUCUGUUGUUAAGGUGGAGAGGGCAUGCAUUCCCUCUCCCUAAUCUAGGUGUCCAUAGGUGAGGGAUAAGAGGUCAUUGUAGUUGCCCAUGGUGCCUCCUCCAGACUUUCCCUAGUCAUCCCAUUGCAAGGGUAAGGGACUUGGUGCUGGGUCUCCAUUCACCAAAGCGGAUAUGGCUUCUCUUUAACCCUUCAGGUCUCUGAAGGAUAUGGGCCUAAAUGAAUGUGUCAGGGAGGCUUGCUGGUGGGUUAGUGGUCCUCAGGAUGUGAUAGAAAUAUCCAGUAUGAGAAUGGAAGUUGGACUGGGAGGUGUCAGGCAAUAAAUAAGUUUGAGGGAAGGACUGGAGCUGGGGCAAUAGGAAGGGGCCUGGGGCCAUUGGCUGCACUAACUUUGGUAGCUGCCUAGACCGUGUUUGUCUAGAGUGGGAGUGGGGAGGGGGCCAAGCUGGGGCACGGCUGCUUGGGGCUUGGCAUAGGGGUGGGAAGGGCUACCUUGGGGCUCUGACCACAGUGUGUUAUGUGUGGAGGGUGCUCUCCUGUCUCCCACAACUUCUGCUGUAACAAUAAACUGUAGAGGAAUCUGAGCA